AAUUUGAGAAAUGGCUGACGAAAAAGAAGUGGAAAAGACUAUUGCUGAAGACUUGGUUGUAACCAAGUAUAAACUAGCGGGACAAAUUGUGAAUCGUGUUCUAGAGCAGGUGAUCGCAAAAUGUCUACCCGACGCUUCAGCUCGUGAGAUUUGCGAAUUUGGUGAUAAGUUGAUCUUGGAAGAGACCUCUAAGGUUUUCAAAAAGGAAAAAGAUUCCAAAAAAGGCAUUGCCUUUUCAACAUGUGUGUCCGUAAAUAACUGUAUUUGUCACUUCUCACCUAUUCCAAGUGAAACUGAUUAUGUCUUGAAACAAGGUGAUUUGGCGAAAAUUGAUUUAGGUGCACACAUAGAUGGCUUCAUUGCUGUUGUGGCUCAUACAGUGGCAGUGGGAGGUGGAGAGGUGACAGGGCGUGCUGCUGAUGUGCUCCUAGCUGCCCACCAAGCUAGUGAAGCUGCAUUACGACUUUUGAGACCUGGUAAUGAGAACACUGCUAUUACUGAAGUGGUCCAGAAAAUCAGUGCAGAAUAUGGAUGCAAACCCAUUGAAGGCAUGCUUUCCCAUCAACUAAAACAAUUCCGCAUUGAUGGAGAGAAGAGUAUUAUUCAAAAUCCAUCAGAGGCACAGCGUAAGGAGCAUGAAAAGGCUACUUUAGAAACAUAUGAAGUGUAUGCUAUGGAUGUACUUGUUUCAACUGGUGAAGGUGUUGGUCGUGAGAUGGAUACAAGGUGUACAAUAUAUAAGAAAACUGAUGAAAUAUAUCAAUUAAAAUUGAAGGCUUCAAGAAUGUUUUAUAGUGAAGUUCGCAACAAGCAUGGUAACAUGCCUUUCAACCUGCGUAGUUUUGACAAGGAGACAAGUGCAAGAUUGGGAGUUGUGGAGUGUGUUAACCAUAAACUUAUUGAGCCUUUUCAGGUGUUAUAUGAGCGUCCAGGAGAGCUCGUAGCACAGUUCAAAUUCACAGCCUUACUGCUGCCCAGCGGUACACAUCGCAUCACCGGACUCCCAUUUGAUAAAAGUCAAUGCAAGAGCGAUCGUACCAUCAAGGACCCUGAAUUAAAUUCCCUACUCAACUCUUCUGCCAAGUCCAAUAAGAAGAAGAAAAAGAAAGCUGGUACUGAAGAGGCCAUGGAAACGGAAACAGUUGCCUAGCAAUGGGAAUACAUUUGAAACUAAAUUUAUAGAAAUGAAAAUCACAUUUUAAUAUCCACCACUACCCUAAUGUUUUAAACCAGCAAUACUUAUUCUGUUAUAACUAUUGUACAGCAGGAAAAUGUUACUCAUUCAUAAUGUAACUUGAAUUUGU